CUUUCCCUCUCUUUUUGCAGCCUCUCUCUGUCCUGCUUUGCAGCCGCAACUGCAUCUUUCCUGCGCUGCUGUCUGUCGCGUGAUCACAUCGUCAUGGGCCCUCGCAAGCCAUGGGUUGGCGGCAACUGGAAGUGCAACGGCACCAAGGCGUCGAUAGAGGCCCUCUGUGAGACACUCAACAAGGCCGAAUUCAACCCCGAGCAGAUCGGUGCGCCAAAGGGCAGAGAUCUGUGGGUGGGUGGGUGUGCUGUGCUGGAGUGGUGGGGGUGGUGCAUGCCUGCCGUCCCGCUGCAUUGCUGGGGGUGUGGUGUGUUGGUGCAGAUGUGGUGAUAGCUCCCGUGUCGCUCCACAUCCACAUGGUCAAGGAGAAGCUCAAGGCUGGCUUCAAGGUCUGCACCCAGAACGUGUCCAAGACCGGCAUGGGCGCAUACACCGGAGAGAUCGCGUACGGGCGCAUUCACACGGCGAGGGAGAGAGAGAGAGAGAGCCCAGCUGUCUGUCUGUAUGCCCUCUUUCAUCCUUCAUUCUCCGUGUGUGUGCGUGUGUGUGUGUGUGUUUGUCUUGGUUGGUUGGUUGGGGCAGUGUGGAUCAUAUCAAGGAUUUCGGUCUCGAAUGGACGCUCAUCGGCCACUCGGAGCGACGACAGUACUACGGCGAGACAGACGAGGUGGGAAACACCGCCGCAACGUCAUGAUGGAGUGCAAACUCUGCUGGUGUCCGUGUGUGUGUGUAGGUCGUCGCUGACAAAGUGGACAUCUGUCAGAAGGCGGGCCUCUGCACGGCGGUGAGCAUAAGGAUAACCCUGCCCGCCUGUGUGUGUGCGCGUGCCUCCGUCAGUGCACUAUAUACGGUGUGUAUGUGUGUGGCUUGCUUGGUGUCCUUCCUGCAGGUGUGCAUUGGCGAGAUGCUCGACGAGCGCAAGGCCGGCAAGACCACCGACGUCGUCAAGAAGCAAAUCGAGGCCUUCAUCCGUACGCACACACGCAGCCGCCUGACACACCUAACUGCACGUGUAUGUGGAUGUGUGUGUGUGUGUGUGUUGGCGGUUCACUCCCUGACAUCACAGCCAAGGUGACUGACUGGUCGAAGAUCAUGAUAGCCUACGAGCCGGUGUGGGCCAUCGGCACGGGAGUGGUCGCCACGCCCGAACAGGCGCAGGAGACCCAUGCGGUCAGUCAGUGAGUGAGACCACCAGUUACCGCGACGGGUGUGUGUUGAUAUCUUCCUCCCUCCAUCCCUCCUCCCUCCCUCUCGCAUCGGUCCGAUCGUUGGUCUGUCAGGCCAUCCGCAAGAUUUUGAAGGAGAAGGUGUCUGCUGAGGUAGCCGAGUCGACCCGCAUCGCAUACGGAGGUCAGUACAUCCACAGCUGUGAUGGAUGUGCCACACCGCACCGGCUCACACAGCCCAGCCAAUCACACCACACCACACACGGCUUGGCUUCUCCCCACAUAUAUAUCUCUGUGUGCGUCACGUCAUGGCGUGUCGUGCAGGUAGUGUGAGUGACAGCAACUGCAACACGCUCAUCGGCCUCGAGGACGUCGACGGAUUCCUGGUCAGUCAGUCUGUGUGUGCGUAUGUCAGCCAGUGGCCGGCAGAAACACCUCUCACCUGCAUGUCUUGUGCUGUGCUGUGCUGCUGCUGGUGUGUGUGUGUGUGUGUGUGUGUGUGUGUGUCAGGUCGGCGGCGCCUCCCUCAAGCCGGCGUUCCUCGACAUCAUCAAGUCCGCACUCUGAAGAGGAGAUUGACAUAGAUCGCUGACACGGCAGAAAGAGGACAGGAUUCGAUUCAUUUCUCGACCCAUCUCACCUCACCCGUCAGUCAGUCACCCCUCCACAGUUUUCGUCGUAUGAUUCCAUCGUAGCAAGCACCGUUGGCACAUAUGAGAUACACCGCCCCAUGUGUGUGGCUGGCUGUCGGCUGCCCGACUCACUGACUCACUCACUGACUCACUGACUGACCGCUCUACAUAUCUAUCACGAUCGAUGUGAUGGCAUGGCUGCCUCAGGACGUCAGGGAGGGGCAGACAGGACAGGAGGCCACAGAACGGAGAGAGAGGGGCGAGAAGGGUGGACGGUGCGGUGCGCUGUGUUGUGUCGUUUGGUGUUCCAUGUUUGACAGAUGGGAUGGAAUGGCAUGCUGCACGGCCGCUGAGUUUUGUUGUCUGUCUGUGAGUGGGUGUUGCCUGAUUGAUUGAAUGCCCCCGUCUGUCACGUCACGUCACGUCGUGUGGCAGAUUUUUCUUCUCGUUGUGGUGGAGUGUGGUGUGGUGUGGUCGAUUGCAUUGCACCAGCUGGUGGCAGCCAGAGAUAUGCAGAUGGGACGUCAGUCACGUCGGGCGAUAUGUGCGAUGAUCGAUGCACUGAGUGAGUGAGUGAGACAUCUCGAUGAUGGGUGAAGGAAUGACUGAUCAAUGAAGGGCGUACCGACCC